AUGAAGACCGCAGAGGACAGGUACCAGCUGAUGCUUGAUGCGUCGAACCACGAGACGGCCUGCCUCAGGAAAUCGGUUGAGAAAAUGGGCUCGGAGGCCAACAGUUCGAAGGAUGAGUGGAUCUCGAAAGAGGCAGGGUUUGUGGAUAUGCUCAAGAGAUCGGAUGAUGGGAUGAGCUCCAUCCAGACAGAGAUGAGCAGGCUGACGGAGGCUCUGAGAGUUUCAGAGAAGGAAGUGCAGGAGCUCAAGGCAGACAGAACCCAGCUGCUCAGCAUGCUGCAAGAAUUUGAAUCUCAGGCAUUGAACACUAGCUCAAGUGCUGAGGAGGCAAAGGCAGAGAGCUCACACCUCAAAGACCUGCUGUCCUUCAAGGACAAGGAGCUGCUUGCUCUGAACCAUGAAGUCGCCGAGCUGCGCCUAAGAGAGCGAACCGCGUCGGAGAAGGCUGGCGAGCUCUCGAGGUUGCUUGCGGAGGUGACAGCGAGGAAAGCUGAAGACGAAAGCAGCGAGAAGUCUAAGGCCCAGAUCACCAAGCUGGAAAUGGACAAGGUGCUCCAAUCACUGGAAGCCGCGGAGUGCGAAGCCAAGGCUGCGAAGGAUGAGAAGAUGCAGCUGCAGAGCAAGCUGAGGCUGCUCGAGGCCAAGAUCACCGAGGCCAGCCUGACCUCGGAGGAGGCCAAGAUCAGCGGCCUGCGGUUGAAGGAGACGCUGGAGGAGAAGGAGCACGAGCUGGCGAGCAUCGCGCGGGAGAACAGCGAGAUGCGGGCACGAGAAGCGGCCGCCCAGGCGAGGAUCGACGAGCUCGCCGCACUGCUCGCCGAGGCCACGGCCAGGAAAGGAGGGGAGGUCGCCAGGAGCCCAGAGAAGCAGCCGAGCGCGCUCCUGAAGCUGAUCUGCUCGCCGAUGCAUCAUAGUGUCAGAGACGACGAGGACAACAAUGGCGAGAGCAUCAUCCAAAUGGAGGACAUCAAGCACGUGGAGGUGGAGACGGUCAGGCAGGUGAAGCAUGACAAGGAGAGUAUCAUAUCAUUAUCGGUAGUGGACGCCAGCUCCUUGGAGAACAGCAAGAUCAUAGAGAAUGACCAGUCCAAAGAGAGGGACGAUGAUUCCGAGUCGGUUGACGACGACGACGAUGUUGAGUCACCGGGGGACGACGGGCUGGUGGAUCAGAUGAAUGGGCUGCUGAUCCAUGGUCCCACAUCGUCGUUCAACCAGGAUCAGCACGUCCACAAGAAGAAGAAGGCUCUUCUGAAGAAAUUUGGGAGCCUACUGAAGAAGAAAGCUCACUUCACCAAGCUGAGCAGCCACUCUUAA